AAUUUCCUUGUUGUCAGAGGCGCGGCAGAAAUUCCUCUCGCGGAGGGAUGACCGAUGCGUGUAUUGGCGCGGGUGAGAGGUGGAAAGCGAGAAGAAGAAAGGUAAGAGGUGCGGAUCCCUUCCCUUUCGUCCAGAAGCUUGGAAGAAGACUCGAGAGGAGAUCGGUGUAGUCGCAGUGCAUCGGCUGCUACACGCUGGCCGAACGUUCGACGUCGGACACCUUCGCCGGGACACUCAUGCAACGUGCGACAAAAUGCCGACCACGCUGCCCGUUCUGUAUCUCGUGACGCUGGUCUUAUGCAACAUUCACUGCAGUCUUGAACAUGAAAUUCCAAGGAGGAGCUUCCUGUCACGAAGAGCCAUUGAUGGUACCAGGGGAAGGAAGUUCUUCGAUCCGGAAGAAGAGGGAGCGUUCGACAGUUACGGAUCUGCUGGUGGCCAGUACGAUCCUUACCAAGAGAAAACAGAUUUGUCAGAUAUUAGGAAGAACGUGCCAGGAGAACCAGGUAUUGAUUAUCCGGCAUACACGACGCUCCCUCAGACAGGUUUCACGUGCGAGGGACGCUCACGAGGGUACUACGCGGACGAGGUGGCGGGAUGCCAGGUUUUCCACGUGUGCCACGACGUAUUGGUCUCCUCCUUCCUCUGCCCCAUAGGCUCUGUAUUCAGUCAAAAGCUGCUCACCUGUGACUGGUGGACCAAAGUAGACUGUUCAGCUAGCAGCAAAUACAUCGACGUGAAUCGUAACAGUUAUCAGCAAGACGACGACGAGAUGAUUCGAAACGCUUACGCAAUGAUCAGUCUUCAAUCAGGAACAGACGUGACCAAGGAUGGUCUGGUGGAUCCUGAUCGAACUGGAAGCGUGGUGGACUAUCAGAGAGGUCCAGGAAGAAUCCCCGAUUAUUCUUCGGUUGACACAGCAGGAAACGAUUUGAGGACCAAUUUCGAAGACUAUCGUAGACCUGCCAAUCGAGAUUUCCUGCCACCCUAUCAGUUCAAAGACAAAAAGCCGGAAAUCAGUGGAAAUUAUCAAGGCAAAUUCUAUUCUGGCGAAAAAUUUAGGUCUCCUUACGAAGAUUCGCCGAUUAUCCGAGUUCAGAAGAUCAACGAUCCAGGAUAUGGAGACCAGAGGAACAAAGAUUUCCAGGAGACCUAUCGAAGGCCCAGCGAGUUCACCAAUCAGUUCCAACCAUCUUACGCACCUACUGUACCGACUGUCACCACUACAACUAGGAGAUUUUACUCUCCAACUGUCCCUACGACAUUCAAAUCGUCUACUUUGGCAUACAACAAGUUGGACCAGGCGAUAGACAGCUCUGAAUAUUAUCUUUCGCGCAGUAGGUCAAACAGCUUCGUCACUCCUCCUACUAGAGUCUUCUCGAACGACGAUAAGAACAGACAGGAUUUAGAAAGAGACUUGAAAAUAGCUGAAGCUGUUUCUGUGAGGAAACCGAACAGGGAUGAUGAUUAUAAUCGACAGGAGAGUUACGAGUACGAUUAUGACGAUGUCAAUAGCGACGAAACGAGAGACGAACAUCCUAAAGAGAGAUUCCAGGUGAGGGUUUUCGACGAUUUUAAUUACAAUCGUACCAAAGUGUCGAACGGAGGAAGUUCUUUGUUUGAUAGGGUCUACGCAGGAUUCAACCACAACAGCAACGACGAAGAACCUCUGGACGACUUCGAAACGAAGGGUAGCAUUGGUCUAGGCCACGCGUUUCAUCAGUCGUUCAGGGGAAUCUCGGUUGACGAACAGAAUCCUGCGAGAGACGAAACCAAAGUUUAUGGCGAAACUCAAAGAGGAAUUAAUUUCAAUAAAGAAGAGAUUAAGUACACCUUGGUCAGACCGGAGCCUACGCGUUAUCCCGGAGAAAAGAAAGAGGAAACGACCGAACAAUACCAAAGAAACGAUCAAAGAGACACCAAAACCAAUAAGGAAGAAUUUCUGAAUAAUUUCAAUACUUUCCCAUCAACGACCGCUUCGUCAAUUAUCGAAAGUACCAUCAAAGCAAGUACGAAUCUUUACGAACCACGUUCUUCGAUAUCAAAUGGAUCGAGUGCUUUGAACAAUUCUACUGACAUAAAUUCCGAACUUUUUAAUGAGAAACACAUCGAUACAGAGGACAGUGGUUCUCAAACGUCUAGACCAGUCGAAUUUCUAGAAUCUCCUCAAAAGACGCAAAGUAAGUUCCAGAUAAAGGUACCGGAUCUACCUGAAGGGUCCACUUUAUUUAAUCGUUACACGACUCAGAAUGAUGAACCUAGUUCAAGAACGACCGAGAUACCGAGGUUCCAGACUGAUUCUGACGAUUAUGUCGAUCAGUCUACUUCUUUCGAUAAAAGCACAGGAGUAACGAGCAAUUAUGGAAACGUAGAGAUCUCUGAAGAUUUCAGUUUGCAGAAUCAUGGUAGUACAGUGGCUAGACCCCUAGUACCUUCCACUGGGUCGUGGCUUUCUUCCUCUUUCUCUGAUCGAUCGAAUACCAAAAGUCCGACGGAAGAUUUCACCAGACCCGAAGAAGGUGAAUCUCCUCACACAAAUCAUUUUGAUCUUUCUAUCAAAUCUACGAAUGACACUGAAGGAAAACUCGAGGAUAAUAAAAAGAGUGAACCACCACGGUUUACCACAGAUGAUGCUGUUCAGAAUUCCAGGACGAUUUCUGUGAGUGCAAGCACCGUGUCUCCGCCAAAGAUUAUAAAAGCUAUAACAUCCUCAGGUUUCGUGAACUCCUCAGGAAGUGUUUCAAUAAUUAAAACCCCCGAAAAAUUGUCGACACAGGGACCGAUCAGAAUUUCGACAUCUCCCGCGACUAAAUCUGUCGAUAUUGAAUCUUCCGUGUCAACUUUCAGACCUGUAACGCAUAAGAGCAUAGAAGCAGGUAGAAGCUUGGAAGAGAAGUCGAAAGAUGACAGUGAUGGCGUAGAAGCUUCGACCGUGAAUACUUUACUUGGGUCCAUCAUGCCGGGAACUUUAAAGCACAUCGAAGAAGCUAUAGAAAAGAAUAAUUCGCCUUACCAAGUGACAUUGGCGAUGAACAAAGGCGCAGAGCUGAUACCAACCGGACAAGAUAUAAUUAGCAAACUGAUAGCCCAACAGGGCAAAGAAACGUCGACUCUCAAUGACGAGAUACACGAACUAGAAAUAAUUAAAUCUUUGGAGCCAGAAGUUCAUAGAAUGACAGAGCUACAGAUCACUGCGACGAAUAUUUCGGACGUGAGAAAUGCGUCUAACUUCGGAAACGAUUUUAUCAGUUCCGAUCUAACCGAUUUUAAGAGAAAUAACCCGAAUACAGUCAGUCUUCUUCAACUGAUGUCGGAAUUAAUGAAGCAAGAUCGAGUUCCUCGGCCAUUUUCCCUGUCAGUCGCUCAAAAUCCGGAACUACAGACGGUAAAUUCGAACGUGCAACAGCCGGAUGAAGCGACAUUUAGGUCUCAAGAGAGUUCUACACAGUCGAACUCGAAAACUUCUGCUCCUCGAUCGAAAGAAGGGAUUCUGGGUCAGCUAGAGCAGCAUUUCGGAGAACCUCUUUACAGAGAACAGAAAAAAAUAUUUGAUCUUCCUGAGAAACAGAGAUCGAUUGAUUUCCAGACUACAAUUCUUAGGAACACGAAUAAAUACGAGGAAUCGAGCACCGAUAAGACGAUCGUGCCGACGAUUGCUCAAACGAAUUCUAAGAUAGAUAUUAGAUCGACGACGACAUCUACGCCGAGGACCACGUUUACCACGAAAUCUGAGAAGACUGUGGUGAAAACAGAAUUUGUUCCAUCGAUUGGAUUCUCUUUUGACACCGACGAGGGUAGAGAAGAAUACGUCGAGGCUGUUUUAGGUGGUCUGAUCGAGCCACAGGCAGCAGAAAGUCAGAAGAAAGAAAUUAUCUUGAAAGAGAAACCAGAGGGAGAGACGUUUUUAAAAAAGAAUGAAACAACAAAAAGUGUCCCAGAAGAGAUUUAAGGGUCGUUUCUAGGAUGAUUUUUCCAAGGAUGAACUUAGGUUUAGAACGAAAUCUGUGAUGUCCUGCCGUUUCGUGCUUUUUAUGAUAGAUCUUCUCGACUAUCUUUUUUCUUCUCCUUUAAUCGAUAUUUUUGAAUAUUUUCUUUUUUAUUCUCGGGGGUAUUACGAGUUUGAGACUUUUGUAAUUAACGUCUCUUCCUUCGUGAUUGAAAAAUAUAACGAAUCAUUGAAUGCAGAGGGAUUAUGGUAUAAUAAUUGGAAGUGGGAAAUUAAUAGCUUUUUUUACUAUUUAUGUUGCGAGAGAAUUAAAAAUUUCUUUUCUCCUCCUUAUCGAUUGAGAGGAUUACAAGUGCGAAAUUUGUAUGAAAUUAACGUUCCUUGUUUCGUGAUUUAAAAUUUCAAUGAGCUUUUGAUGGAAGUCUUGGAAGACGGAGAUUAAUAUUUCUUGUUACCAUUUAUGUCGUAAGCGAAGAAAAAGGGCUGAUAUAUAAUUAGUUUCAUUAACUCUUCCUAGGAUAUUCUUACUUUUAAUUAAAGCGACUAACAAAACAGCGAGUUGGGCGUAAAAUGUCUUUAAGGUUUUAAGAUAGAACUAGACGUAACGUGUAUAAAAUGGUAAUUAUAUUAUCGUUGUUGAUAAGAUCUAUCAUUGGUAUUCAGAAAAACAAUAUCGUUACUAUUUGAUAAUACAAAGUACGUUUUACUAACUUGAUAACCUACCAAUGACAAGGAACAGGGUUUCGAUACUGUAAACUAUAGAUUCGUAGAUGUGUGUGUUAAUGUAUGUACGAGUGUGCAAGAAGCAAUAGUAAUUAUACGACUAUUAAAUUGUACCUUAUGUAACCCAACAUUCUAACGAUUCUUAAAUAUAUCCUAUAGUUACGAAGAA